AUAUCAAACAAAAGUUAACUAACACAUGUUUAAGUGGUUGAUUUAAAAAGGAAUAGCGUUUUUCUUAUAACCGGAGUAUCACUAAUAUAGCAAGAUUUCGCGUAAAAACAUUCAGGGGGAGCGCCCAGCCCUAACAAGACUGGCCAGCAGGGCGCGAAUGAUCACGACCGGUGUUUUGGGUGUUGUCAUGGUACUGGUGCUGGUGAUUUUAAUACCUUUCCUGGUAAACUCAGCUGGGACCUCAGCGAGUUAUGAGAUGCUCGGCGCCUGUCGGAUGGUGUGUGAUCCGUAUGGAACGAAGUCUCCAGCAUCUGCCUCAGCCAACACUGCCCGCGACAAUCAUUUGAUCCAAUCUCCACCGCCUUAUGCCCGGGGCCCCAAGGGUGAGUCAGGGCGCAUAGGAAGGAUUGGCCCCAGAGGUCAACCGGGUCCACCAGGGCCCCCGGGAGAAAUGGGAGAACCGGGACCACCUGGAUUACCGGGACCACCGGGAGAAAGCGCAGAAACCAAUGGCAUUAGCGCAGCGACGUAUAACACCAUGCCCAAAAUCGCCUUUUACGCGGGGCUUAAAAAACAACACGAGGGCUACGAAGUGUUAAAAUUCGACGAUGUGGUCACCAAUCUCGGCAACCACUAUGAUCCCACAACAGGCAAAUUCACCUGUUCAAUUCCGGGAAUCUAUUUCUUCGUAUACCACGUACUGAUGCGCGGAGGUGACGGGACCAGCAUGUGGGCUGAUCUUUGCAAAAACCAUCAGGUUCGGGCAAGCGCCAUAGCGCAAGAUGCUGACCAGAAUUACGAUUAUGCCAGCAAUAGUGUCAUUCUCCAUCUCGAACCUGGUGACGAGAUCUACAUCAAGCUGGAUGGCGGCAAGGCUCACGGUGGCAACAACAACAAGUACAGCACCUUCUCUGGCUUCAUGAUAUAUGCUGAUUAAAGCACAUUCGUUCACAUUUCUUGAAAUGGUCUCCCCUUGUAAUUACAAAGCAACAACUGGAAAUAAAU